AUGGCCAGGGAAGUGUUUCCCCGAACCGUCGUUGAAGAGACGCCAAGCCACGAUGGAAAAAUAUGCUACGCCGCCUGGAAGCUGGUUGAAACGGAUGCGCGUGCCAGGACGCCGCCAGAUGCGUCCAACCGGCCAAAAUGGUCGAUCCAAGUCUACGAUACAACGCCCCACGCCGGGGACCGGAAGCACGUCAAAGCCACGGCGCUGAAGCUGGAAGAGUCGACCCGCGAAGGCCGCGCUAUGCGAAGCGCGCGCGACCGCGUCGAGGUCCACGGCCUCCCGCUUCCCGCCGACGCGCCCGAAGCUGAGCGGGUGGCGCGAUGUACGGCGCACCACAGGGCCGAGAUCGCCGCGCGGAACGCCACCGGCACGACGGAUUUCUUCAUCCCGCCGACCUUCGACGACACCUGGGAGCGCCAGAUCUUGAUCAUCGACAACCCCGAGGCCUCGUGGGACGAGACGGGCGGCGCCUUCCUCGCAGUCUUCUUCGAUCUGACGCCCGAGGCCAGGGCCGAGGAUCCAGAUGGGUCUGACCUCUAUGUUGUACGCCUCGCCGGCGCGGAUCUGGGUCAAAGGUUGCGGCCUUUUACGGAAUCGAUUGAGUGGUUCUACGAGUCAUACGUAGAGGACGGUACCAUUUACAGAGACUUAGAGAGAUGGCAACAGAAAGCUUAG